AUGUUCAACCACUCUUUCGGCUCACCACCUCCAUUCGGAGAUGCUAGUUUCGCAACGAUGUUCGGCGUCCCGGCAGCCCCAGCGCAAGACCCUCCCAUGCUCAACUACAGAGGUCAUGCUCUUCACCACACUUUCGAUCUUCGAAGCAGGAUGAAGAUAUCCAGAGAGAAGCCCAUGAUCGGCACUUUCUUCGCUGCUUUCCCUCAUCCAGCCUUGGCAAGAAUGGUUGGACAGGCUGGAUAUGAUUAUGUCUUAUUGGAUUGGGAACAUACCCCUUUUAGUCGUACUGCUGUGGUUGUUCGAGUACCUGACGCGGGUGCAUCUGGAAUCAUCUUCGCACACAUUUCUACCGUUGAGCAAGCCCAACAGGCCAUCGAAGCAUGUCGGUUCCCACCUGUUGGGAAACGAUCUGGACCACCCAACGCCAUGCAGUUCGGUUACAACGAUGGUGCCCCUAACGGUGGAAGUGUGUUUGAAAUCUGGGGGAAAGCAGCCAUAAUUUUGCAAAUUGAGGACGAGGAAGGUGCUAAGAACGCUGAUGCUCUCUGGCUGCGUUGGAGGAAGUUGAUGGGCUUAUGGUUGGACCUGGUGACUUGGCGUUGUCGCUUGGUCUUUCUUUCGGGAAUAUGGCCCAAGAUGAGAGGUGGUUAUCAUCUGUCGAAUGGCGUCACCAUGCUUUGUGCCUCCAAUGAUUCUAUGAUCAUGGCUAUCGGACUCAGGAAAGAACUUGUAUCUGCUCAUGAACAACUCGACUCUUGGAAGAAAGAGAAACAAACUGCCUCGAAAUGA